CAGAGUCUGACAUCUGCGGUCUUGGAAAUUGGGUUUGGUGAGUCAGGAGUUACGAGUUUGACAACAUGACCAUAUUGCCUACAUAACCUACAUAACAUGUUUAGGCAGAAGGUUGCUUAACAGUACAGGCGGGCUAUUUGCAUGUGUAGGCCUACUCGGACACGGAAAAAUAAGUUUGAAAGUGAAGACUGUGUAACUCCAGAAACUUUGGUAGCUGGCAAAGUUUGUUAAAAUGGAUGACGUUAGGUCGUGUGCUAAAACAAAACACAUAAAGUGAGGUUGUGAGCUGUUUAAAUGACAGGACUAUGAACUUGUACCACUCAAAUUGUUACAUAAACAACAUUAUCAACUGAACGCGGCUGAUAUCAUGUCAGCGUCACCAGCCAGCUCAUCCCAGCAGCGGGUUAAACACAGUGGCUCCCCCACAGCCACCUCUUCCUGUAGCAGCAACACCACCGCGGUCCGGUUGCAGCCUAUCCGCGCCACGGUGCCGUACCAGCUUUUGCGUGGAAAUCAGCACAGCCCAACCCGCUCUGCUUCCUGCUGCUUCUCAGUAGCCGGGAGCAACACAGGACCGACGACGUCCCGUUGCUCCAGUCCCGCCAACCCGGGUGGAAGCGGCUCUGACAGCAGGCUGGUCCCCAGGCAGAGACUUUCACCACCGGACAUCAGGAGCUCACCAGAACGCUCUCCCCACUCUCCUGUUUCCAAAGUUGAAAGAACAAAAUCCCACCAGGUGCGGAGCUUGGGGGCCAUUUGGCGGACUCCCUCCCAGGGCACUAUUACUGGACCCUACCUCAUUGGGCAGUGGCCUCGUGACACCCAUGUGCACUACCCAUCUUGUAUGAAAGAUAAAUCCACACAGACUCCUGGAUGUUGGAGUGAGGAAACGAGAGAGAAGAGGAGCACCCACCAGCGCUCUGCGUCCUGGGGCAGCGCCGACCAGCUCAAAGAGAUUGCGAAGCUCCGGCAUCAGCUCCAUCGCAGUAAACAAGGGGGACGCCACAGUAAAGACAAGGAGCGACUGUCCCCCCUGCAGUGCAACACCAUCACCUACACCGCCCUCACCAGCACUACCAACCACACCUCCACAGCCAGCCACGUUCAGCAGUUUUCCAUGUCGAAGUCCGCCCAGAUGCCGCUGUCCAACAUCACAGUGCCAAAGCCUUCCAUCUCCAGGGUGCCCAGCAGCAUGGAGGGCAUCAACCACGAGCUGGAGAAGGUCUUCAUCAAAGACAACGGAGAGAAGGAGGAGCUCAAGUCCCUGGAGGUUCCCGAUGGGCGGCGGGCACCCUUCCCUCCCCAGCAGCGCAGCAGCAGCACCCGCAGCGUGGACACCCAGACUCCCUCAGCACCCGGCCGGUCCAGCAGCUGCUCCAGCCUGUCGCCCUGCCCCUCGCCGGCCUGCCCGCCAGGAUCACACGACGGCAGUCCUUACUCCACAGAGGAUCUACUGUACGAGCGGGAUAAAGACAGUGGAAGCAGCUCGCCGCUGCCCAAGUUCGCCUCCUCGCCCAAACCCAACAACAGCUACAUGUUCAAGCGAGAGCCGCCGGAGGGCUGUGAGAAGAUUAAAGCUUUCGAGGAGAUGAGCUCAAGGCAGUCCACAUCGGCGUCGGUCCCCCUCUUCUCCUGCCCCGACAAAAACAAAGUCAACUUCAUCCCGACGGGCUCGGCGUUCUGCCCCGUCAAACUGCCCGGCUCCCUGCACCUCAUCCCGGCCUCGGAGCCCGAGGAGGAAGAGGACAACGCUGAGGCGGCCUCUGGCUCGGACGCCCAGGGGGCCACGUCGCUCUACGGGGCCUCCACUCAGGUCUCGGCGAGCACCAGCACAGACGACCCCCCGGAGCCGCCCGGCUGGCCCUCAGAGACUGCAGAGCCCCAGACAGACAGCCCGGCCACCAGCUAGACCUGAGCAGAGCUGGCCUCUGACUCCGGGGAUCCACACUUGCGACCGCCAACCAUCACCACUGACUGUCCCACCAACACCUCCCUCUGCUCUGCCAGGGGGAGCCUCCGUCUCUCUGUGCUGACCCCUCCACCCCCCCCUUCUAUCUCUGCAUGACGUAGCAACAAUGUUCUGAAUAACCACCGCCGCCGCCACAAAGACUCGCCACCUUAAUGUUCUGUCCUGCGUAACGUCUGAGCUGGUGCUGGCAGGGAAAGACGCCGAUGGUUACAGGUUAUCAUAUGCAGGCAUCGAAGGGAAGAUAGGGAGCGCGAUGGAUGGGGGGAGGGGCAUGCAUUUUAAACUAGUAGUAUAUUUCUGAUUAAAUUAUGUGUUGUGUUCUGUUUCAACAUUCACAGUAUGAAUAAGCUCUCUAAACAUAUAUAUAUAUAUACACAUAUAUCUCAAUGAAAAGAAAGAAAACUGCUUGUUUUAAACUGUGUAUUGCUGUGUGUAUGUCUGUGACAGGGAAAACAGCUGUACUAUUCAGGAUUCUGUUUACACUAUCCAGGUCACAUUGUUGAACCCUGUCUAAAAACAAAUGCAAAGAGAAAAAUCAUUUGGGCAAAGUGGGAAAAAAAAAAGACAAAAUGGCCUCAAAUUGGUUGCACAGUGUCUGCAUCUGGCCUCGCUUCAGGUAUUUCACAAUCAGAGUCUAUACUCAGGUAAUUUGGAAUGUAUGUCCAUACAAAUAUCUGCAGAACAGAUUCACUGUCAUUUCUUCCUGGUUUUCUCAUUCCCAUAGCUGACUGCUGACUGGUGGUGGGAUACUCUACCGACCACACACACUGUGACUGAUGGCAUUAAUGGCUGUGUGGGCGUGGGCGUGGGUGUGGGCGUGUGUGUGUGUGUGUGUGUGUGUGUGUGUGUUGAUAGAAGCGUGCUGGACAGAGACUUGGAUGAUGUACAGUCUGAUAUUUAAGCCUGCAGACAGUGUUGAUUGGCUCUCCUGAGCCUGUUGCCGGGGGACCAAAGGUGGACACGUCUGCAGCACCGUCAACAUGGAAAUACAAUCAAACUGAAGCAUAUGGUUCCUUAGAGGUGCAGAUUGGAGGUAUAGUUGUAUAAACAUUUUUCUGAGAUUGAAAUCUUAUCUUAUUUGAUGAGUUAAACCUCAGUUUUCUUAGCCAAAGACGCCGUUUUCUUGUGCAACUUAACCUGACUAAAUCAAGACUAUAGAGCCAGAGGGAUACUGGAAUUUCUGAGGCUGAUAUCAAUAUGUGUGAGUUUAAAAAGCAAUAUAUUGGCCAAUAUUUGGUUUUUGCUGAGAAUCCCUUGAAGAAUUCGGACCAAGAUAACUACAGAGCAGGACAUUUCCAGUUUGAAAGGUCUCUACCACCGUCCAUUCAGCCCUAAUGGUAAGGGCGUAACUUUGGGUUCAACCUUGGGGGGGGAGGGUGGGGGGAGGUCCUGCGACAUGUCAGCAUGUAUUGAAAAAGGCGACAAAACCAGACAAAAGCAACAAAAAACGUUGAAAAAAGCAACAAAAACUUGGGAAAAAGGCCUUUUGAUUAUUGGGGGGGGGGGUUAUUCCCCCCCCAUCCCCCCUGUAAAUUAUGCCUUAGCCUAAUAGCCUAACAUUUAGCAAAGAGAACAAGAACAGCGGUUUACUAGACACUGGGCCAGUAGCACCCAUCCAGCCUGCUGUGUUCAGACCGAGCAUCCAGAGCUACGCUACAUCUGAAAUAAAAAGGGACUCUUCUUGUGGAAGACAGGAUUUCUGACAGCAGGAGGAAGAGUAGAACUGUGUUUUUAUUUUAUUUUUUUACUUUUGAAAGCUAUCUAGGUUUGAGUACCAGUAACAAAACCAUGCCUUAUUAUGCUUUAUUUUUUUCAUUUGACAAAACAAGCUCCAGUUCUCAAAUGUUUAAAGUCGUCUAAACACACACAGUUACUGCACUUAGCACAACAAGUUUGCCUAAAUAAAAUACAGCUUAACCCUUAUCUAAAUUGAAAUACAAUUUCAAAAAUAAUGAUUUAAAGCUGCACUAUUCAAUAUUUUUAUAUCUUAAAUGUGCAAUGUGAGUGUCCUAGUGAAUUUGGAGUUCUCUGUUCUAUUGAGCUUUUCUUAGCCUCUUUUAGCUCAUUGUUUUGGUUUUAUGUAUGUACUAGUUAAUAAGGUAAAGAAUAUGUUUAUGUUGUGUUUUCAGCUUGUUCUGCUGCCCCCAAGUGGCCAAAAGAUCAAUUAAUGCAGCUUUAAAAAGCAGACACUGCCUGAUAAAAGAAUAAGAGAAGAGCAUUACAAAUCGGAGUAGGAAUUCAACAUUAAUACAGUUUUACGUUAUUAGUGCUACAGACCCGGCAGCACUUUUCUGUCAGUACCAGGGAAGUAUUGAGGUUGGAUACCCAGUCCUAGGUAACAGUACAUGCAGCCACUGGAUUUGCACAAGCUUAAAAUGAACUAUAGCCAUACAUGAUGAAUGUUUGCACAACUCUUUUAACUCCAAUCUGCAUAUCCAAACUUAGACUGUUCUGAUAAUCCAGAUCAUUUCUAUUCCAUUAAAUGCAUUCCAUGAGAUUUUAGCAGCCAAGACAUAAAUAGACUCACGAUGAUUCAUUCCUAAAAUAUCUCUCAGCCUUUGAAAUCGCUGUGAGAGACUAGCUACUGCACUGAGAGAUGUUUGGUUUGCAGAUACGGUCGCGCCUUCAUGUGUUUGAUGCACAGAUAAAAGGAUCACACUGGCCUGCCUCCCUCUCACUGUCUGUCUGUUGUUACCGUGUUGUUGUAGGCUCCCUGAUGCUCCCACCAAGCACCACAACCUCAACGUCUCAUGUAUCCUCUCUAGGCUGUUGAACAAGCAUCACUAUGCCCAAGUGUAAAUGAUCCACAACUUUCAUUUGCAAGAGUGAAAAACAUAACCCACGUUUAUUUUGAUAUCUGGUGCGCUUGAGGAAUCCCUGCAUUGGCGCUCCUUUCAUAUUUUGUAUAUAUGUGGCUUUUAAAGAGGCUCAAUGCAAUGUUGUGGUUUUCUUAAGACAUGUCAGCACCUUACCAAGAGCUAUGGCUUUCCCAAUGUCCCACCUAUACUCGGCAUUGGUAAACUAGAUGUGUGCAAUAACAGGAAAAAAAACAAAAAAAAACUGUGUUGUCCGUUCUUUGACACAAAAAGCGUCUCAUCUUGCAUUCCUUUGGUUUUGAGCAUGGGGGCUGGAUCAGCAAGUAGUUUGUUGCUAAAGCCAUCAACUGAUACAAAACCAGCACUGAGAGUGACCAGAGCACAUCACUGGCAGGUCAGAGUGUUCACCAACUCACUACAUGAUACUCCUUGUGUAACCUGCAGUGUCAAAGUUCACGCACAAUGGCAAUAAAAAAAGAACUAUUGGUUGUUUUGUCCA